UUUUUCUCACAAAGUUGUAAGCUUCUUUGGACAGUGUUAACCAUCCACUUGUCAUCUCAUAGCUUAGCAUUCACAGAAACCGUUUCUGUGAGCCACCCAUCACUUUUUUUGUCUUCAUACCAAAAUAAACAAGACGAUUAACCUUCAGAUUCUACAGCAUAUCAAUGAAAAUGAAAAAAUUCUGACUAAUUCUCAAUACAAACAAAUCUCGAAUCACAGGCCAAUUCCCCAGCCAUCCUUCCAAUAUUGCAAGACAUGCAGCAAGACAUCAUGCUUGCAGAUUACAAUGGAACCGGCAAACCAAACUGCACCCAGAUCUUACUAGCCUCUACCAUAGGGCUCAUCAUCGCCCUGGCGAUGCACUUUCGUUUCAGAAGGAUCAGAGAUCAGAGAAUCGUCCCUCUGGUGAGAGUCACAGAUUCCGGCCAGGUUCUGAAGCUUGAGAGGUUCUCUCAGUAUGUAGCCAGGCAAAUGGGAUUUGCAGACAAAAGAGAAUGUCCACAUCUCUGCAAGUUAGCUUCUGAUUAUAUCAUAAAAACUGAUGAUUGUGAGGAGAACAUAUAUUCCUUCUUCACGGAGGAACCAGAUGCGGAUUCCUUGUAUAUAAAGCUCGUGGAGGAGUUUGAGAGGUGCAUUCUAAGCUACUUUGGAUUCCACUGGAACCAUGCACAUCUUAUGAUUAGUCAGGUACUGAGUGCUGAUGCUGAGCCAAAAAAGAAGCUCAAGCACAUUGUCAUGGCUGCAACUAGGGAACAGAGAUUUGAGAGGGUGACGAAAAACCUGAAGGUGGCGAGGGUGUUCAAUACGCUGGUGGAGGAACUGAGAGCAAUUGGAAUGUCACAGCCUGAUGAUUCGCAGUGCACAGAUGUCAUGGCUCCUGUCGACCACAAAGAUAGGAGCCCUGUCCUCCUCCUCAUGGGUGGCGGCAUGGGAGCUGGCAAGAGUACUGUGCUAAAGGACAUUCUCAAAGAACCAUUCUGGUCAGGAGCAGCAGCAAAUGCAGUCAUAAUAGAAGCCGAUGCUUUCAAAGAAUCAGAUGUCAUCUACAAAGCCCUCAGCUCGAGGGGGCAUCAUGACAUGCUUCAAACAGCAGAAUUGGUGCACCAAUCAUCUACAGAUGCAGCAUCAUCCCUACUGGUAACAGCACUCAAUGAAGGGAGGGAUGUGAUUAUGGAUGGCACACUCUCUUGGGUCCCCUUUGUUGUGCAGACAAUAACCAUGGCUAGAAAUGUUCACCGUCGACGAUACCGCAUGGGAGUUGGUUACAAGGUGGAUGGGCGUGGGGUUGUAAUCGAAAGCUACUGGGAGCAGACUGAAGAAGAAGAGCCUGAUGGAACUAAGAAGAGAAGACCAUACAGGAUAGAGUUGGUUGGGGUUGUUUGUGAUGCUUAUUUAGCUGUUGUAAGAGGUAUUAGAAGAGCUAUCAUGUCCAGAAGAGCUGUGAGGGUGAAAUCACAGUUGACAUCGCACAAGAGAUUUGCCAACGCAUUUACAACAUACUGCCAUCUAGUAGACAAUGCAAGGCUAUACUGCACUAAUGCUUUGGAAGGCCCACCUAAGUUGAUAGGAUGGAAAGACAGGGAGCGGACUUUGCUGGUUGAUCCAGAUGAGAUAGACGUCCUCAAGAGGGUAGGCGUGUUGAAUGAUCAAGCAAACUCCAUACGCCAACUUUACAAGAGCCCAAACCCAGCUUAUGUAGCUGGAUCAGUGUGGAAAGAUAUAGUCUUGUCCCCUUCGAGGUUGAACAUUCAAAAAGAGCUUAAGUAUGUCAUCCAGAAAGUCGAAAGAUUGAAAUGAUAAAUCACUAUUGCACAACCCCACACACACACACACACUCUCAAACUAUUAAAUUUUAUGGUGCAUGCAUGUCCUAGAAGAUGAAGAUAGACAGACCACAACGACCAUGGAAAAGUUACAUUUUCCGGAAGUGUAUCAUGUCAUGACCAGAACAAACUUGCUUCAGGUUCUAUAUAUUCAACCUUCAAGAUUCAGUUUAGCAUAUGGAAAUUGAAUAUAAGCACAAUUUACUGAUGAUGCUAGAAUGCGCAUUGAUCAAUCACUGUGUACAUGUUAUGCAUAUGCAGAUUGAAGUUUAUAUGAAAAAACGGAUACCUGAAUUGAA